AUGAUGACCUCAGAAUCUACCAGCCUGGAGAGCCUGCGCGUGCUGUUUCAGAGCGAUGACUACAUCGUGGUGGACAAGCACUGGGACAUCCGCAUCGACAGCAAGAUGUGGUACGAGAAACACACCGUGCAGGCGCAACUUCGGCACCGGUUCCCACAGCUGGCAGACCCUAGCACCUACUAUGGAUUCAGGUUCUGUCAUCAGUUGGAUUUCUCCACGAGUGGGGCUCUUUGUGUCGCCCUCAAUAAGGCCGCUGCCGGCCGGGCUUACCGCUGCUUCAAAGACCGCACCGUCACCAAAGCCUACCUCGCCAUGGUACGUGGCUUGGUAGAGAAAGAGACACAAACUUUGGACUUCUCCAUUGGCAAGAACUCCUCAGAGGGAAAAACACACAUGAUGUGUAUUGAGGGAACUGAAGGUUGUGAGAACCCCAAGCCUUGCCAAACUGAGAUGAUGGUUUUGGAGUAUGGGUUGUAUGAUGGAGACACUGUCACCAAGGUGCUACUGCAGCCACUCACUGGCCGAACCCACCAGUUAAGGGUGCACUGCAGUGCAAUAGGUCACCCUAUUGUUGGGGACUUUACCUACAGCUUGGGAGCGGACGACUCAACCUACCGCAUGAUGCUGCACGCCCACCUCCUCCACAUUCCCCUGGAACCUGAGCCCCUGCUUGUCUCUGCUGGAGACCCCUUUCUCCCCUCGGUGGAUCCCAAGUGGCUCCCACAGCGCUCAUUACGGCCACUGGCGGCCACUGUGGAGGCGCUGCUGGAGCACAGGGUGGAGGAAGACAGGAAGAUCAAAGAGGAGAAGAGAGAGAGGACGAGAAGGGAGGAGGAGAAGAGGAAAGGACGCAGGGAACAGAGGACUGAGGAGGAGAGUGAGGACCAGAGGAAGCAGUGUCAGCAGUGGCUGAGUGAAUGGGCUGGAGACUGAUGUAUUAUUCUAAUUUAUUUAAGUUGUUUACUAAGCAAGGCCACGUUGAGCAUGCAUGCUCCAUCUCACUGACCACUCGCGUUUGCAUUGAAAUGGCAUACCUGGAAGUGAACCAGUACCAGUUACAAACAUUAUGUUAGGAAAAAGCAGUGUGAGCAUGUGUGCUGCUGCUUUCUUAAACAAGCAGUUCCACCGCAUAAGCUGAGAAAAUAAGUGCUUUGCUCAAGUUUAUGUUGACAUGUGAGGGGUUGGGUUGAUGCUUUACAUUUAUUGUAAUACACAUCCCCCCCGCCCUCUGAAGAAUUUAAAUUGGUGUCUUUGUCACACGUCUGUGUUGUAUAUGGUCAGAUGAACACACAGUAUGUAAUUUUCUGCCAUUAGGGGAUAUCAAU